GCCCCGGAGGGCUCCGGGUUCUGCGGCGCGCGGGGCUGCGCGGGUGCGCGCCGGAGUGUGCGUGCACCUAGAGCAGAUAAUUGGAGAGGGCUUCCAGAAGGUGGAAAAUGUCACCUGAUUCACACUGAACUUUUUAAAUCUCCCCACCCCCGAGCAGACACACACACACACACACACACAUUAGGAGACCGCCCACCGCAGACAGCUAGGACCCCCGUAUAGAUUUAAAGAGAGACUGCAUUCAGAGCCUGACGUUCAUUCAAUAGAGCGAUCAUAAGCAGGCUGGCUAGUGCUCGCUCCCUCUCCCUACUCCCCCUCACGCCGUCUCUGUGUCUCUCACUCGCUGCUACACUGAGGAUGUUAAAUCAGAGAAUCCACCCGGGCAUGCUCUUACUCCUGAUGUUUCUGUGCCACUUCAUGGAAGAUCACACAGUGCAGGCUGGGAACUGCUGGCUCCGGCAGGCGCGGAACGGCCGCUGCCAGGUCCUCUACAAAACCGACCUCAGCAAGGAGGAGUGCUGCAAGACUGGCCGCCUGACGACUUCGUGGACGGAGGAGGACGUCAACGACAACACGCUCUUUAAGUGGAUGAUUUUCAAUGGGGGAGCUCCAAACUGCAUCCCGUGCAAAGAAACAUGCGAGAACGUGGACUGUGGACCCGGGAAGAAAUGUAAAAUGAACAAGAAGAACAAACCUCGGUGUGUUUGUGCUCCGGAUUGCUCUAAUAUCACUUGGAAGGGUCCCGUGUGUGGCUUAGAUGGGAAAACCUACAGGAACGAGUGUGCCCUUCUCAAAGCCAGAUGUAAAGAACAGCCCGAACUUGAAGUCCAGUAUCAGGGCAAAUGCAAAAAGACCUGCAGGGAUGUGUUAUGCCCCGGCAGCUCCACGUGUGUGGUUGACCAAACUAACAACGCUUACUGUGUGACAUGUAAUCGAAUUUGCCCAGAGCCUACCUCCCCUGAACAGUAUCUCUGCGGGAAUGAUGGCAUCACUUACGCCAGCGCCUGCCACCUGAGGAAAGCUACUUGUCUACUGGGCAGAUCCAUUGGAUUAGCCUACGAAGGAAAAUGCAUCAAAGCCAAAUCCUGUGAAGACAUUCAGUGCAGUGCUGGGAAGAAAUGCCUGUGGGAUUUUAAGGUUGGCAGAGGUCGGUGCGCCCUCUGCGAUGAGCUCUGCCCUGAAAGCAAGUCAGACGAGGCAGUCUGUGCCAGCGAUAACACCACUUACCCAACCAUUAAUGAAGACCCAGAGGACGAAGACGAAGAUGAAGACCAGGACUACAGCUUUCCUAUAUCUUCCAUUCUAGAGUGGUAAAAGCUCCAUCACUUAUUGGAACAGCCAUUGGGCACAAAAUCAAUGUCCAUACUGUACAUAAGUGUAUGCCUAUUUAUUUUGGGGAGAAAAAAAAAAAGUAUACAUAUAGUUGAGUCUCGUAGACAUUUAUUUAUACUGUGUCAUGUUUUAUAAUUUAUACAUAAAAUGUCUGGUUGACUGUACACCUUGUUUUUUGAAGAAAUUUAUUCGUUACGGGAAGAGCAGUGUUAUUUAUUGUGAGGUCUCUUGCUUGUAAAGUAAAGCUUUUCUUUUUUCUUGCAAACUAUAAAAGUCCAUUCCUUAGAGCUUACCCACAUGAUCUCAUCUGUUUCACUGAUGUUAAAUCUUUUCCAGUUUAACAAACUUGCAUGUUGGUUUCUAUUAUGUUUAUUUAUUGGAUUUUCUUCUUGCCGGUUCUGUACGUAAAAGCUCCUCGGGUUUUUGUUUACAAGGAAUCUUGACUGACCAAAAGGCGUUGUAACUGACUUAAGUAUACUUCCAGGGUGCAGUGAGGCAAUCUUUAAGGAAACUUCUUCCACUUCACUUUUCUGUACUUCUGAUCACAUCAUGUACUGAAGUGAUCUCAAUGUUUUGAGCGUUUAUACUGUACUAUACAAAUUCCAGACCCAAAGAAAUCGGAUUAUGAAGGUUGUUAACUACAGGGCUUACUGUAAUAAGAAUAAAGGUUUUAUUUUAUUUUUA